AGAUAAGAUAUGCUGCAGUUCUUGCCCUAACUCUUUCAAUCCCAACAACUGAAAUGUCUUCCAGAGAAGUAACUCCCCCCGGUAAGGAUGUAGCGCGGUCCCUACGUGGUUCUAAGGGAUCAGACCCGCGAAGCACUGUACUGGGUUCACCAAGCGCCCCUCGCAGGCGCAAUCUCGGUAUCUCGGAGAGCGGUGGGCUCUCGCUCCCCCUCCAGGGAUUUGGAGCAGAAAGCGAACAUUCCACAGUUGGCGGGAGUUACGCAAGACAGCCAGACUUGGCCUUCAGUCGUGAGUGCCCCCACCCCAGUCCACCCCAAAGGCGGGGCUGCGCCUUCCUUCCGGACUCGGGAUCGAUCUGGAUCUCCGGGAAUUUCCCUGGCCCGGGGCUCCGGGCUUUCCAGCCCCAGCCAUGCAUAAAAGGAGUUCACCAUGCUCAGAGAGCCACAGAACCCAGGCCACAAGCAGCUCCCUGCCAACUCUCCCUCUCCUCGCACAGCCGCCCGAAACGCCUGCUGAGCCCCAUGGCCUCCCCGGCUCUCUCCACCGCCCCUAGCAAUCUCCGGCUCCUGCGGGUGGCGCUGCUGCUUCUGCUCCUGGUGGCCGCCAGCCGGCGCGCAGCAGGAGCGCCCCUGGUCACUGAACUGCGCUGCCAGUGCUUGCAGACCCUGCACGGAAUUCACCCCAAGAACAUCCAAAGUGUGAAUGUGAAGGCCCCAGGACCCCACUGCGCCCAAACCGAAGUCAUAGCCACACUCAAGAAUGGGCAGAAAGCUUGUCUCAAUCCCGCAUCCCCCAUGGUUAAGAAAAUCAUCGGAAAGAUGCUGAACAAUGGCAAAUCCAACUGACCAGAAGGAAGGAGGAAGCUCAUUGGUGGCUGUUCCUGGAGGCGUAGCUGCCCUUACAGAAACAGAAGAGGAAAGAGAGACUCAGCUGCAGAGGCCACCUGGAUUGAGCCUAAUGUGUUUGAGCAUUGCUCAGGAGAAGUCUUCUAUUUAUUUAUUUAUUUAUUUGUUUGUUUCUUUUAGAAGAUUCUAUGUUAACAUUUUACGUGUAAAAUAAGGUUAUGAUUGAAUCUACUUGCACACUCUCCCAUUAUAUUUAUUGUUUAUUUUAUGUUAAACUCAAGUUAGUUCAAUCCUGAUUCAUAUUUAAUUUGAAGGUAGAAGGUUUGCAGAUAUUCUCUAGUCAUUAUGUUAAUAUUUCUGAGUGGAUGACAUAUCAAACGUCAGCCACUGUGAUAGAGGCUGGGGGAUCCAAGAAAAUGGCCAGUGAGAUCAAUGUGAGGGCAGGGGAAUGUAUGUGUAUCUAUUUUUGUAACUGUAAAGAUGAAUGUCAGUUGUUAUUUAUUGAAAUGAUUUCACAGGGUGUGGUCAACAUUUCUCAUGUUGAAGCUUUAAGAACUAAAAUGUUCUAAAUAUCCCUUGGACAUUUUAUGUCUUUCUUGUAAGGCAUACUGCCUUGUUUAAUGUUAAUUAUGCAGUGUUUCCCUCUGUGUUAGAACAGAGAGGUUUCGAUAUUUAUUGAUGUUUUCACAAAGAACAAGAAAAUAAAAUAUUUAAAAAUAUAAAA